AUGAUCAAAGAAAAACAAGGCAUUAAUACAGAUGAGCAGAGGCUAGUCUAUGCCGGAAAAGAGCUGAAGGAUGAUAGAACUCUAGCAUAUUACAACAUCCAGAAGGACAACACCAUUUACCUAAUAAUGGAAAUCUCCUUAAUGAUUAAAACUGCUGAUGGAAAAAAAGUGACAACGUCCAUUAAAAUUGUUGAUAAUGAUGAGAAGAUACAGAUUUUUGUGAAGCCUCUUAAUGGGGAUAAGUUCAUCCUCCAUGUAGAGCCUUCAGAAACUAUCUCAAAUAUCAAAGUCAUGAUCAAAGAAAAACAAGGCAUUAAUACAGAUGAGCAGAGACUAGUCUAUGCCGGAAAAGAGCUGAAGGAUGAUAGAACUCUAGCAUACUACAACAUCCAGAAGGACAACACCAUUUACCUAAUAAUAAGAAGUGAAGGAUCCACAACGGGAAAUCCCGUUAUUAUCGGCGCACAAAUUCCGAUGGUAAACAGUAAAAUACGCAUGAAACUCCUGGUUUCCGGCGCAUUUUCGUUGAAAUAUCAUACGCCGGGUUUACCGGCAUUAUAUCCGCCAGCAUAUCCGCAGGAAACACCGGCUGAUAAAAUGCCGUAG